GUGGUGAAAUGAUCAUGUGUACUUUAUGGCAAGACUAUGCUUCAAAGUUCUUGGAGUUUCAUGAGAAUCAUAAAUCUGAGCUAAUUGUUAUCAUAUUAACACAAGCAAAAAUUAAAGAACCUGAAGGAAUAAAUCCCAUGUUCAUUCAAAACAGUAAGUUCGGAUCUAAAUUGCUCAUUAAUGAGGACAUUGUGGAUAUUCAGAAAUUCAAAGACAGCUAUUGCUCAGUUCAAGCAAAAGAAAGACCCUGUCAGAGUCAAAGUCAACUUUCAAAUUCAAAAUUUACUGAGCAAGAGAAGCUAACCUAUAGAGCCAGUGUUAUGAGUAUUUCUGAUAUCAAUUGCCUUACCGAGGAAACAACGUGUGUCACAAUGGGCACAAUUGCAAAGUUUGUAGUUGGUAAAAGUGGCUGGAGCUAUGAAGCUUGCUCUGGGUGCACUAAAAAGGCUGAACCACACAUUAAAUCCUUCACAUGUAAAUGUGGAAAAUUUAAUGACAAGACUACUCUAAGGUAUAGAUUAGAAGUCAUGGUCUAUAAUAAUGAAGACUGCACUAAGUUUGUGUUGUGGGAUCAAGAAUGUAUCCAAAUCAUUGGGAGGACAGCUAAUGAGCUUAAAAAUGAAAUGCUUCAACAAGGAGAAGACGAUCCACUGUCUUAUCCGGAAGCACUGGAUGAAUUGCUGGGAAGGACUAUGGCAUUUAGAGUGAAGAUGCAGCCAACUUACAAUGCUGCAUCAGUACUUAAGGUGUCUGAGGAUGCAAGGAUCAUAAAGUUCAUAACAGAGCAACUUCGUGUGUACGAGGUAUAUGAUAUUUAAAAUGUCAUUUUAAAUUUUCAACACUAUCUAAGAUAUUUAUUUUCGUAAAAAAAUUGUUCCAC